AUGACAUCCAUCGACCCUCACACCAACACCGCUUUUGCGACCAUGGACUGGGAAUACUACCAUCAGGGUCGUCCCCCAUACCCUCCUUCUUUGACUUCACUUAUCUAUACCUACCGACGCCUCCAUCCUCACACUAGCUGGGAGCGCCUGGUUGAUAUCGGCGCUGGCUCGGGGAUAGCCACCACCAACUUUAUGGCCGACUUUCAAAUCAUCCAUAUCUCAGAUCCCAGUCCAUCGAACGAGUCCCAGGCGAGGGUAUUUCUUCCGAAGUGGGCUGCGAAACAUGGCCUACAACCCACUUUUGAGUACUCCCAAGCCGUGGGUGAAGAAGCGUACCUCCAUACUGGUGAAAGCCAGGUGGACAUGGUGAUAUGUGCAACUGCUGCACAUUUCAUGGACCCGGACGGCCUGGUUACCUCUAUUGGAAAGAUGCUCCGACCGGGUGGCACAAUGGCAAUCUUUAGCUAUUGGCUACCUACGUUCCCCAAGCAGUCUGAAAACUUUCACAAGGUCUUCUCGGCCGUCUUUGAAAAGGUUCUCAUGCAGCAGCUACAGGAGGAUGCCCCUCUGACGACUCAGGGAGAACUGAUGUACAACCUGGCACGGCGCCAAGGAGCUGGUGAAGGAGUGUUAGACUCACUUCCUGUGCCAGAAGACUUGUUCGAGGAUCCUGUCCGGGUGUACAUCAACUCCGCCAAGGAUGGCAGGUUGGCCUACCAAGAGUAUUUUGCGAAACACUAUCCCGCUGGCUUUCGGCCCGAGGAAUACAAUCGGGUGGGUGACAGAGACAAGAAAGCCAGAUAUAAUACUGGCAUCGACGAUGAAGCUGAGGGGUGGGAGUUCGAGGUAGACAAGGAGUGGCUCAUUAUGUUUCUGAAUACCGCGUUGCCACCACAGCAAAAGCUAGAGGGCGAGACUGCGAAAGUCCUGCUCGCUGACUGGGACCGGGUAUUUGAGGAAGAAUGUCCGAGUGGGCGGCUACACGUCCAGUGGACGGCAAAUCUGGUGCUGGGAACGCGGAAAUGA